UGCUCCAGAGACCAAAAACAGAACUUUGAUCAACUACUUGGGUCGCAAAGUACGCCAGCAGGCAGCGAUGUAAUGUACUCACCUUGCUUUUGUUAAUUUAAUGUAAAAAAAAAAAUAAAAAAUAAAUACCCAGCCUUAGUAAUUUAAACCAACCAUGUAUACACUAUUACACGGCUUCUGGAAAUACAUCAGUCAGCGAGACGAGUAUUACGUGCUCAUAUUGGGGCUUGACAACGCUGGCAAAACGACGUACCUUGAACAGACGAAAACCAAGUUUUCAAGGGGCUACAAGGGUCUGAACCCACACAAGAUCACCACGACAGUUGGCUUGAACAUCGGCAAGAUCGACAUCCAGGGAAUACGACUCAAUUUUUGGGAUCUGGGCGGGCAAGACUCGCUUCAAUCCCUCUGGGACAAAUAUUAUGCUGAAUCCCAUGCUGUCAUCUACGUUGUGGACUCCUCCAACGAAGCGAGGAUAGAGGAAUCAAAACAGGCAUUUGAGAAAAUGAUAGGGAAUGACGCCCUCCACGGCGUACCCGUGCUCAUGGUGGCAAACAAGCAAGACAUUGCUGGUUGCUACAGCGUUGCCGAAAUCCGGCAGCAUUUCCGGGAGAGCUCGCACCUGAUUGGACGGCGCGACUGUCACUUGAUUGGAGCGUCCGCGCUGCACGGUGAAGGCAUCAACGAAGGCAUCGAGUGGAUCACCCAGUGCGUGAAGCGGAACAUCCUGCGGCCGGCACGCAACAGCGAGUCUUUGUGACGUCCGCGACCCCGUCGAGCUCCUCCAUUUAUAUCUCCGUGGACUUGACGCCACGCGACCCGUGAAGGUGGCGCACAACCGCACGACUGCGUUCCACCACGAGAGCCGAUCCUGGACGGCGUUCUGUGGCUGCUGCGUGUGCAAUGUCGUUCACGACGAUGUCGCGGUGGCAGCGUCGCCUCAUCUCUAGCUUCGACGUCGCUCAAUAAAGUGCUGCAACAAGCU